AUUCAGAAAACAAAAUACAACUUGAAAAACUAAAACUACCCGAAUUAACUGAAGAAGACAUAAUUACUUUUAUAAAUAAACCUUUUGAAGGAAUACAACCUCAAGACGUUUACCAAGAUCUAAAAUUCUGUCAGGAGCCUAAUUGUGAUGCAUGUCUGCCAGAAG